GCGGGUCCGAGCGCCGAGACGCGACGCGGCCAUAGCGAGCUGGCGGUGAGGCCCCGCCUUUCCGGCCGUCGCUAUGGUAGCGAGCAGGGGGGAGGCUGCGGCGUCGUGGAGGCCACGGUGAGAGGUGGCUUUGCUUUUGCAAGCCGCAAAGGCCGAAGUGACAGAACCUGGACAAGAAACAGAAGAUGUCGUCCUAUUUGGCUCAGGAAGUUCAUCUUGCUAGGAGACAUGAGGAGAUACUGUCUCAGAGAUCAGCGCUGCUACAGCAGAUGGAGACUUAUCUAGGAGACAAAAAGACUAAAAAGACAUGGCAAACUCAAGCAGCUGAUGCAGCUCGUAGAAGGAAUGCAGCACUUUUAAAUGACAUAGAAGCAGCAGAAAAAAAGCUGCAAGAAAGAAUGUAUUUACUUCCACAUCCUGAUACUGUUAAGCUAGAAACUCUCUAUUGGGCUUCAGUAAAAGAAUCUCUUCCCAAAUGGGAAGAGUUUCUUUUAGGAAGAGCAGAAUAUCCCAUUGGUUUUAAGAAACUGAAAACUACAAAACAGAACAUAAGCCACCCAGAAGAAGAUUCACAAAAACAAAUACUCUGAUUUUGUUUUGUAACUCUGGCUUGAGCAGACCAUAUCAUCCAGGUCAUAGAAUGGAAUAUCAUGCCAUUACAUGGUAAUGUAAAUCAUUUGAAAUGAAAAUGAACUCUAUUGGAUAAUUUGUUUCCGUUGUCUCGGUGUGUAAAACUUCAGUUUGAAUGGUGGCAUCUGCUUUUUGGGAGCUUAGACUAGAAUUCCUCACAAUGAGAGAAGCAGUCCUGCUCAAAGGGGCUUUUUGGAUCAGAAGUGAGAAACACUGCCGGAUAGAAACCAACCAAGGUGAUUACUACUCCAGUAUAAGAAGAGUCUUAGGUUAUUUGCAAUCCUCUGCUUUUCCGUCUAAGUGUGAUCACUAAAGAUAGAUUCAUGCAUAAUCUUUCUACACUGUAUUCAUCUGUGGUGCAUGCCUCUCUGGAUGAGGGAGAAAGGAAGGAUUUGCCAUUAGUGGGAAGGGCAGGCUCUUUGCAUCAGUCUUGGUUUAGCAGCGGGAAUCUGUGUAAAAACAUUCACGAUAGCAGAUGUAGGGAGAACACCUUGAAUUUGCACAUCUUACUUUCCCUGAUUUUUUUUCUUUUUUGUCUUUGUCACUUCCAUUGCUUCUGCACUUCUCUCCUUUAACUGCUGCUGCUUUUCCCAGCCUCAUCCUGCCUAAUGUGUCAGUAAAGACAAGAAGCAAAUCCGUAGGAAACUUUUUGCUACGUCUAGGCUGUUCUUAAUGCUAUUUUCUUUAUGCUGACAUUCUGUUAGUGAGGUCUUUCACUUAAGCAUGAGAAGUUUGAUAGGAGCAAGCAGAAAGGUCGUCUGCAGUGGCUGUCAUACAACCAAGCACAAAGAUGUGGAGAUAAUACAUUCUUUCUCAGCCACCAAGCUGUUCCUCCACCUCUUCUUACAGAGGUGUGGUAUCUGGGAGUUUUUUUUGUAUAGCUGGCUAACUCUGUAUGCAUCUUUCACGGUGCUAGUGCUCGCAUGUGUUUUAAAGCAUCAGUUCAUUGGAAAAGCCUUCUAGAUUUGUGACUUGGCCUGAAGAAAUUCACCCUUCCUAAGCAAAGGAUGGUUUUUAAAGGAAGGAAGGAAGGAAGGAAGGAAGAACCCUGGCUGGAGUCAAUAUAUUGUUAAAAUUUAAUCUUUUAUGCUACAACAUACUUUAGCCCCCUGACCUGGAACAGGAAUAAAAAAAGUUGUCUUCUGCCAGUGCCUGAGGGUUUGGAAAAAUUAUAAUUACUAAUUUUUGCUAGUCUAUUAAUGAACUGAUCUGUGCAUCUCCGUGUUACUUAGAGAUAUGAAUUAUUUUUUUGUGCUAGAGUAGGAAAGUACUUUUAUUGAAACUCAGAUAAUUUCUAGCAACAUUAUUAAUAAAUAUCUGAAUUGGCUUAGACCUGUGGACUCAAAAACACGUGUUCUUUUCAUUAAACAUAGUUCAGAUAGUCACAGAUUGAUUAGCUGUUGGUGGGGAGUUUGUGGUUCUGUCUGAACUAGAGAAUGGACUUCUAGCUGGAAACUCUAGGAAGCCUGGGUAAACUUGAAGGGCCAACAUCCAUGAACGCUUCUUCCUGAAAUUAGGCACUGAGUUUUGUCUGGAUUUAAAUUAGCCAAAGUAUCGUUAACACACAGGGAAAAAAAAUUAAAACUUCUGUUAUGAUAUAAAAAAUGUUGUAUAUUUUCAACAGGAAUGCUAGGAGUUCAUUUAAAACUUUUUCUUUUAAAGUGUCCAUUAAACUGAUAAGUUUUUACAGAAACUGCCAUCUUAGAAAUAUCCUGUUGAGUGGGUGUUGGUGUUUGUAACAAUAACGUUGUUUUCAUAAUAUGUGAUGGCAGAUUAGCACGCUUCUCUGCAGUGUUGUUAACAGUUGUAAUUAAGGAAUAAACAGUAAAGGGUGUCAGUCCGAUGACAAUUUCAUCUAUAGUGUCACAAUACAAAAUGUCACAAAAUAUUAGAACUGUUAUAUAACUACAAAAAUAUCAAAUUAGGCUUUCAUCUUACUAGCAGAGAGCUUAAAAAAACCUGGCAGAGAGACCAUUGCAAUUUUAUACCUACUCAGUGUUCUGUCACAAAGACAACUUGGUAAUAUUUUCUUCUGCGAGAUCGCAACGUGGUACUCAGCCUGAUUUAGUGGGAAUGUGUACGGGUCUUAGAAUCAUUGAGCUCCAAUUUAAAAAAGCAAAUAAUUGGAAUCAGUUGAACACACAAAAAGGGAAAAGCUAUUACGUUCACUGCCCCUCUCCCAGAAAAGGGAUGGGCGAGCUGUUGCUAACAAAGACUAGGACUCAUCCUGGGCUUUGCAUCGAAAGGGAAAUCACUUAAACUAAAAUCUGGGCCCCUAAGUACUUUAUACGUGUGAAUAAUCUGGGUCUUUAUCUCUUUGGACUCCGCCUAAACACUGGGACACAAUGCAGAUGCUCGCCAUUUCCUUGCUGCUUCUGAUUUCUCGUGGAAGGAAAGCUGAGUGUGGACUGAGGGCAUAGCAGGUGGAGAGAGAAGGGUUCUGCAGUGAGCAGUGGUAGUACAGUUUCUGUGCCUCGCUUUAACUGCUGUAAAAAUAAAGACAAGAACAAUUCCCUUGGUAACAAAUAUAGUUUGAACUGUCAGGUAUUAUUAGAUACUUCAUUAGAUUCUUGAAUGCUGUUUUUCUGAGUUUUUUUCUCCUCUUACAUCAGGUUAAGAGGUGAAGAUUAAAAUUUGUCUUCAUUUCAAAGAAGGAAAUUACGUUUUUUUCUGUGCUAUAGCUUCAGAAGCAACAGGACAGCUAGCGGAUGGAAUGUUAUACAGGAACGGGUCCAGAAAAUUGAUUAAAAUAAAAACAGAGAGGAAACUUUAAAAAGAGAAGUGUGUAUAGGCAUCUGCUCUGGCAGACGAGGGCCUUUUUGUUGGUCUGUGGUCUGGAAGGCAGAGGUGCAGUUGCCUAUGAGUGAAACAGCAAAGCAGCAGGUGCAUGGAGGCACAUAGCAGGGCCACUAGGGUAGAAGCUGAGUGUGUCCUGGUAUGUCACAGGCCUUGGGGCAAGCAGUGGCAGAGCGCUUCAUUCUAUGGUAUCUCUUGUUAUACCUGGCACCAUUUCUACUAUGGCUGAGCUAGCUUGCCGCCUGCCUUUGUGUAGACUUGCAUUUGAGAAAGCACCUUCGUAUUAGCUUAAGUGUAUUUAAAUAAAAACCUAAACAAACAAACUAUAAACUGAUUUAUACCGCCAUGAUUUAAUACCGGCCUUAAAUGAGAUCUUGGAUGUGUAUUCUUCACUGUCUCAAGGCUGAUGCUUCAAGAAGAUGAAUUCAAUGCAGUUAUCCCACUGUCUCAUCCCAGGCUUUUUACCCGUUCCUGGGUCAAUGUUUUUUUUUUACUCUGAAAGUAACCUGUUACUCUGCAUUCUUGACUUGCUGCCUGCCCUUUUGUGCUAAAGCAUAUGUAUGCAUAAGCUGCAAUGGUCCUGCCUGUUGCCUUCUGCUUUCCUAGUGGGUCAGGGAACACAACCGAGAGAAAAGCAGUAGGGAAAACAAGUGGUUUUGCCCGUUUGUAAGCUAAUGAUCAAGUAUCUUAGAAGAAGAAAUAAUUAAUCAGCCUUUUUGGGUUUAUGCACGGAUGAGUAAGCACAGGACUAGCCUAGGAGCACGGCCUGCUCACCCAUCUUGUCACCUCUACCCUCACAUUCCCAAAGAUUUUAUUUUCUCAGCCAUUCUGGCUGUGCGGGCAGUAGCAGAAGGCAUGUUCAUUUGCCCUAGGAUAAGAAGUUUCUUACUCCACAGAGUCCUUCUCAAGCUUAUUGGUUUCAUUUGAGAGUACGUAUGAGAUAACAGAAGGGCUUCGAUACAUGAUACUUGACACUGUGGUAUCCUCUCGGUUAUGUUUUUGGGGUCAUUUUUUCAUAGAAGUUGGGAGUUAGACUCCAGGCAGAGCUUAUAGUUCCUCCUCUCGUUUUCAUUCACGUUGUGCAGUCAGGGUGAUAGGUGCUCACUUUGAGCUUGCUGAUAGUGAAAAAUAAGGGAAAAAAAGGAAUGUAGUUUUAGAGGGUUAUGUCUGAAAGAAAACAUUAUUUACUCCAUAAUGCUAAGUUUCAUAAUAUUUUAAUAGUUGUGUUCAGAUACAACUUGACCUUAAAUAUCACCCCAAAUGCAAGCUGUUUUAACAUAUUUGUAAUGCUCAGAUCUUCAUUACUGUAAUAAUCUGUUUUCUCCAGGAUUAUAAUCCAUUGAUACAACGUGAUGCAGUUUAAAUAAAGCUUUGAUCUUGCAUUCACUGA